GUUUCGUACGCCCUCUGUUUGUUGUGCAUUGACGUUCCGAAGUCGCACGCAAGCGCAUGCAUUUCAACUUAGUCGUGCAUUUUGUUCCGCUAGUACAUUCCUACAGACUAACUAGAGUUGCAUUUAUUGGAUUUUGACUUUUAUACACUGUAUCUCGCUCACCCUCACGCAUGUACAAUUGCUUUCGCGUAACUAAGUACUCAUUUUUUUUGAUGUCUAUGCAUCCAUGAUGUGUGCAUAAAUUUCCCAAAUAUUUGUAUCUUUUGAAAGAAGUUUUCUCAUGAUGGCGCCACGAUUAUCAAUGUGUGCAAACUUGAUGAUCCCGCUUGGGAUGGUCGUGGGCGCACUGGCCGCCGGUGUUGUGCAAGGAAGUUGGGCACGGACGCCCGGGGAGUUGCUUGAUCGACCGCGAAUUCGGCUUCGGGGGAAGCGGCCUCUGAUCCCGUCGCUGGGCCGCGUAACCAGCAAAUUUGCACAGAAGCGCGCGCUUUUCCGGCGGGAAAAAGUGGUGCCCUGUGAUUCGAGUGAAGCGGAGCAGGAAGUGGAUCCUACGAAAAUAGGAAAAGGCUACAAGAUUCUAGCGGGAGAAACAGAAAAUCUCAGUGCAGCAGAACAGCCGCUCGAGGACACACCAGACAACGCCCCCACGAAUGUGCUGGAGUGGGUAACUACUAUUCGGAGCGAAGCGAGUACCGGUGCCGAGCAGACACGGGCUCUCAUUAAGCUCACCAUUUAUCUAAUUCGACACCAGAUAUUUCCCGACGGAGCAGCAAAUCAGUGGUCCGCAGCGGACGCGGGUGACGUGAACUUUCGCAGCGAGCGUGUGCUAAAAUUGCAGGGCUCUUAUGUGCUUCCUGUGCUGUGUGGACUCGACGACGCUCGCUUUGGCCCGGACGCGACCUCGGAGGACGAGAGCUGCCUCGUUGAAGACCACCAUUGCAGUUGCUCAGAGGCUUCGCAAUCCAGCCGUGCUACAUGUGUCGAAAGCAAAGGAAAGCACUCCCAGAGAGGUGCUAGUAGUCGAGAUGAAAGACCAAGUAGCAAUGCACGCGCUGCGCAUUUAUUUGCUCCUCCUUCUCCUUGUGCGGGAGCAGCACCAGACCAGCCUAGCAAAAGAUUGUCAGAGGAGUAUUGGGCUUCUGUAAUAUUUGGUACCGGCAACGCGAAGAAUACAGAAUUAGGCGCAUUGUCCGGCGGUGAAAUGGAGCCAAUCGCCUUUUUAGAUACGGAGUCGUCUCAGUCUCUUUCGGGUGGAAGAAGCGAACUGGACCGUAUGCUGGGUUUUUUCGCGGCUACUAAAGUCGGGAAUUGCGCCCACAUGACCUUGGCCGCCGCGUACAUAUUGGGAGCGGUGCUGCCGGAGGGCGUGCAGUUACGCCGCACGUUUUUGAACGAAGAGAAUCUGCGCAUCGCAAAGCGGGAGCUCAGUGCUUCCCGGCAUGCUGCGGAAGCAUCUAAAGGCGCCAAGGCUAUCCGAAAAACGGGUCGAAUCGGCGGUACAGGGCGUCCUGACACCUGUGCGACCGAGGAGAAAUGUGAUUUUUUCCAUCAAGAUUUUCUAGACGACCAUGUGUGGCUGACCGCCAUUCCCGGCUCCCUGCGGUCCUCUCGGGCUCGAGGUUUGGCAAACGCACUCAUCAUCGAUCCAUGGCCAGUCGAUCAGCAGAGAGCAGAUCCGGGCAUAGCGUGCUAUCCCGCUGCUUGUUCCGCUUCCUCAGGGUUAGAGCCGAGCGAUGUGGCUGGUAUCGCCUCUGACGGGGCACCAGCGCUAGAGAAAAGCGCGUUUUCGGAUCUGCAAGUGCACUCCUUUGUGACCGUACCAACACCGGCGCGAAGCCCACUGAAGGUAUCAGGCAAGCAAGAUUCAUCUGGUGCAAAAAUACGACCAGUAGGGACGAGAAGCAGAUGCACGACACCGGCACCACUGGAAGGCUGCAGCCAGGUAAUAUCACCGUUGCAAGUCGUGGAUUACUCUCGCUGCACAACCGCUAGACCCGCUCGCUUCAGUUUACGGGAAAACUUCACUGGCAUUAGGGCUUUGCGAAAGCUACUUCACGAACGCAACGCCACGGCCUACCGCCAGGCGCGUGACAACACGUGGCAGGGCGUGCCUCGGUUGCGAAACCCGGAUGCCGUGCUGCACUUUUUAGCUUUGCGGGGCACGCAAGCGGGGCUGCAGGCGUUGAUGCGGCGCAUGAGUCCCAAUUUUCAGGCAGAGCUGCAGGGGUAUAAGUCGCAGUUGGAGCGGGAGUUUCCGGCCUGGAAACGCCGAACUUCACAAGAGCAGCUUCGCGUGCAAGCGUCGCGUUUGGAUACGGGAUUUCCGCCGUACUCAUUCCGCAACGCCCGAAAGGUGGUGCCUCCGCACGGGGUCCAGUACACUCUGACAAAUGGCCGCAUCGGAGGGUUAGUACCGCUUGGGUACGCUGACAAAAGCGAAACUCAAGAGGAAUGGGAGGGACACGGCCAUUGUUGCUAGAAGCUUUGAUCGUACAUCCGCACCACUCAAAUGCAUUUGUUCUUUCCUGUGCAAAGUAGAAAAUUGCUAUUUUGAAACUCGAUCGCUACUUAUACAAGCAGAUACCAAACUUUAUUUGCCGGUGUAU